ACGACAUAACCUAAAAUCUAAUUUGUUUGAACCUACAUCGUGGUUUGAACUUUAAAGUUCGAAAUGAGCUUCCGUACUAGAAACAAAUAGUGACAACUGUUUCUAAUGCAAAAAUGGGAGUCACGUCUGACGCCAGGGUGGUUUGGCAGUUUUUAAAUGGCAUAGCUGCAAUUUAUAAACCCGCUGGUUACAGUUUGCACAGAACCAGAAACACGAUACUGACGCACUUGUGCAGAGAUUUGAACGCGUUAGAAGGCCGACCACAGCGGGAGUAUGUCAGGAUCGAAGGAGAAACUGAUAAACCAAUGACUGUUCAGGUCGUUCCAAAUUUGGCUGAUCAUUUAUUGUUAACCGGUCCUCAUUAUCAGCAAAAAGAUUUUAAGCUAUCGUGGGUCAAUUACCUUGGUUACGAUACAUCUGGUGUUGUGAUUAUUGGAAUCAAUGAAGGUGCUAGAACAGUUAUGCGCAUGAGGGAAUCAAACCCAACAAGGUUCUACAAAGUUAAAGGGGUAUUCGGACAAGCAACUGACAAUUAUUUCACAUCUGGAAAAAUUGUGGAGAAGGCUACCUAUAAGUCUAUCAAACGAGCCACUGUGGACGCAAUCUGUGCGUCGAUGCAGGCAUCACAUCAACGGAAGAUGUUUGAACUAUGUGGCGUAGAUAUGCAGUCUCAGGCUGCUUAUGAUUUGGCAAUUCAAGGCCCGAUUAGACCAGCAAAUAACAAAAUUCCUAUGAUUUAUGCCAUAAAAUGUGUUGCCUUUAACAUGCCAGAAUUUACUCUAGAAAUAGCAUGCAUCAACGAGUAUGAGAUGUAUCUUAAGACUUUGGUUCACCAACUAGGAAUUCAACUACACAGUGUCGCUACUUGUACACAAAUACAAUGUUUCAGGUACGGUUUGUUUACAACUGAACUUGCACUCCUCAAAAAACAUUGGGAUGUUCAAAGUAUACUUGAUAAUAUGGAACAGACUCAGGCUAUUCUUGAUAACAACAAAUAUUUAGUGGAACAAGAUAGUCCUACGUUGAUAGAACAACAGAUAUAGAUUGCUGUACAAAGGCUGAAUUAUUCUCAGGUCAGAAUAUAUUCGUCACUAUUUUCCUGAAUCAUUUCACUUUGGGGGAUAAUUCAUUUUACUAAAGUGCAUUGAUAUGAUUUCAAUAAAUACCCUCUUAUUAAAUCCUCUGGAGCAAAUGAUCUGUCUAUGUAAUUAUGUGUAAA